AUGAUCAAGCCUGAGACCAACUUCCACGAUCCACUAGCUACGCGCUAUCACAACCUGGAGAACUUGACUGAUGGGAUGUCUACCGUUACCACAAACUAUUUUGCGCUUUUCACUUCACUUUACAAAUUACUCUUUCUUUCACUAUCAUCAUCUUCAUUCAUUACCAAGACAAACAAUAAAAGCAUUAACAACAACAUGCCUAGGGGUCGACCACUUUCUUUGCAGACGGUGGAACUCAAAGUAAGGAUGUGUUGCCCAGGCUGCGAGAGAGUCGUCAAAGACGCUAUGCUCAAGCUUAGAGGGAUAGACUCGGUGGAGGUGGACGUAGAGAUGGAGAAGGUAACAGUGGUGGGAUACAUUGAUCGGAAAAAGGUGCUAAAGGCAGUGAGAAGAACAGGAAAGAGGGCAGAAUUCUGGCCAUAUCCAAAUCCACCCUUGUAUUUCACAUCUUCAAAUAACUAUUUCAAAGAUACAACGAUAGAGUACAAAGAGAGCUACAAUUACUGGAGGCAUGGCUAUAAUGCCACUGAAAAGCAUGGCACUUUACCUGUUAGUCAACGAGGAGAUGACAAAGUUAGCAACUUGUUUAAUGAUGAUAAUGUCUAUUCCUGUUCUCUCAUGUGAUGUAUAAGAAUUAUGUAUCUUAUAAUCUUAAUUAAUUUUAUGUGGAUUAGUAAAUUAUGCGUGUAAUCUGUGUAUUAUGUCAUCAUCCCAGAUGUUGCCACCUUGGCUCUAGAAAUCAUCAUAUAUGAAUCAUGAUCAUGCAAGAUUAUAGUAUAAUAUUAUUGGAAUACCAAAGGGACUUA